AGACAGAAGAGAGAGCAUUUGACACCCGCGGAAGGUCCUCGACCAAAGAAGCGUGAACAACUCGACGAGAAGGCAAGGAAACAAACGACUCACGAAGGAGAAACACGCAGCCAGAGGCUGUCUGCGUCUGCUUACAACGCAGCCACCUCCCCCGUGCUGGCGGCAACCGAGGAGUCGCCCCCUUGCGAAGACGGAUGACGAAAAAAACUCGAGUUUUUUUCUCGUCGCCGCGCUCAGUGUCCGGCUGCGCUUGAGAGGAGACUCCUUCGAAUUCGACACAAAGACUCUCACAUGAAGGCGCGAGCCACGUCAACCGCGACAGAACUCGUCAGCGUUGACGAAGUGCUGCGGCAUGUGGACGCCGGACGCGAAAAGGAGGGGAAAAGACGCUCGCUCAAGAAAAUCGCAGUCGACUCUGAAGAACUCGCUGACGGGCUGGAGAACGCAGCAACCAGAACAGUGCGCUUUCGUUUCCUAGUGCGCAACCGCCGUGGAAAAGACAGCUCACGAAGAGGAGCUCCCGCGUCGCGAGGAAACUCCAAAGCAGCCCCGUGGCAGAGAAGGGGUACUCUCCGGCGGAAGUUCAACUUCAUGGAACAUUCGCGUCCAGAAGGCGAAGCCAUGCGUGUCAUCCGCGCGAAGGGUCGAACAUGCAAGGACCCUCACGGCAGUGAAUCUUCUGACGAAGGAACGCGAAUGGGCCAGGAGUGACCUUCCUGCCGCGACUGAGGGAGAACGAGCAGACACGCGAGGCGGCACGAGUACGAACUUCACAGAAGGGCGCUCGCAGAAGGAAGCGUCGAUAGACUCACGGGAAAAGGUUUCCAUGGAAGUGUGCGACACAGACUGAAGUCCGUAGACCUGGCCUGGAAACGCCGACAGAGGGGGUAGAGCGAGUAACAAACGAGUAUCGACGAGAACGCGAGAUAAAACAAGAAGGGACUGGGAAUGCACCGGCCUUUUUCCGUGAUCUUGGCGGCUCCCGACAGUUAGAUGCAUCGGGACUGGCGGAUUUCGUGUCCCAAACCAUGUAGCCACGGGAAUACACCGCAGGGUUUUCUGUUGUUCCACUAGAGACGCCCGCUUUUCUGUAGGAUUUACUUCCCUUUGUCAGAGAACUCGAAAGGUACACAGGCUCUACAGAGCAUGUUGGUUUCUGAAAUCAACAGCAGAAGCCGUUUGCACGGCCAUAGACACUUGUGGGAUCUUCACAGAAAUAACAUCUGGAUAUCUGUCGAGUCGUUAGUGCGGACAUCGUCGCGGAAGAGGUUAUACCCCGGGUGGCAGCCUUCUAAACGACGUCAAUACCAUAGUCUUGUCUGUACAGAACGAACACUUUCUUCGUUUUACAAAAGCACCUUUUAUCAUGGAUCAUGCUCUCUGUCGAACACGAAGGUGCGAGAGCAGCAGAAGCGCCCCUCAUGGCAGGUAAUAGAGAGCCCUGAACUUCACAAUGGCCCUUUUUCUCAAGCAAAGAAAGUAGUUUAGUGCUCUGUUUCACCAGAAGGGAAGUUCCUCACGAAUUCUACUGUGAUCGGUCCCCGAGAAUGCAUUAGACCGAGUGCGAGUGCUGAACCGCAGCGAACGGACUGAAAUGUUCCUCCCCUGGGGAAAUUCACUAGAGCCGGCCUCCUCCAGAGAUGGAAGAGCUCUGGUUUUUCUGAUACCGUCAACGACAAAAAGACAUCGUGGCCUUAAAUGGUCCCAGUAAAGUGCUCUCGUUUUCUGUUUUGUAUCUCUGCGUUUCACUAAUAAAAAAACUGCGAUGUUGAAAGUAGUUCCACCCGAAACCGGGAUGACCUUCGCACUCCAAAUGAUUGCAGGCAAAACCCUCUCUGACAUUCAAAUGCAAGGAUAAACGGCAACUUUGAGCGUACGAGGCGCGCCACACAUUUUUUUUAUCUCGGAAGGCAUUCAGACGAGGCUAACCUAACCAGCGACAAACGGAAGCUUCCGUUCUGGACGGUUGGUCACCAAUCCAAGCGUUUUUAGUUCUUGCAACUGCCGGGCUGUCUGGCAUAAAGAGAGAGAAUUCUUGCCUUCUGGGCAGGAGAAAACACGGAUGAACUUCUUGCUGUUCACUGGAAAAAAGUUAUUCUAUGAAGCAGAGCCGAACGGAAAGAAUCCAAAGGUCUCUCGCUGUAGACAGUUGUGUCUCAAGAAAGUGACCUCGCGGACGAAACGGGGCCACCGACCGCACCGCAUCCACGAGAUAUCAUGGAGCUUUCCGGGCCGAGUUUUCCCUUUUGAAAUCAACCGCGAAUUCCUUGAUUUGAGAGAAGCGACAAAGCUGGGUCGGCGUGCUGAAGCCUCUCUCAGCGUCUCCCCGUAUUUGACCUGAGAAAACUGUGUAGACUCUCCCGUCGAGACCGUGAGUAUGGUGUGCCUCACCCAACAGGCUGUGAACUCCGACGGACUUCCGCAGGGGAAGUUCCCUCGAACAGCCUUUUGAGAAAAGAGCACGUCUGCUCGAUAUCGA